CAUGACUGGAAGUGAAACACAGAUGCCCAGGAACAAACCACUGGGUCGGGAAUAGACAGAGCUGAAGAGGAAUAUGAGAUAAAUUUUAAUGUUUGGUUUGGUGUGAUUCAGCUGAGAGAUGAGAUGCAUUAAUAAAAACAAACAGAAAUAUAAUUAAUAGCAGCUUUUGUUUCAGGAAAAAGGCAACUGCUUUGUCCGGAUCCUCAGAUAUCAUCUUUCUUAAUCAGAAUAAUGAAACCGAGUGUUUUCCUUCUGCUCCUCCUCUUAAGAACGAGUUCGACUUCCACUUAUCAAAAUGUGGCCUUGCGUGGUACAGCAGCCCAGUCGAUCUCUGAGGACCACAUCCUCUCAGCUGCCCACAAUGCAAUUGAUGGAAACCGUAACUCUGACUUCAGGGUGGGAUCGUGCACACUCACAAGUGCACAGAACCGUCCCUGGUGGAGAGUGGACCUGCUUCAGUCCUACAUCAUCACUUCUGUCACCAUCACCAACAGAGGAGACUGCUGUCAUGAGAGGCUCAACGGGCUAAAGAUCCACAUAGGCAACUCUCUGGACAGCGAAGGUUUAGGAAACCCAAAGGUUGGUGAAAUUUCUGAAGUUGGUGCUGGCAUAUCCUUCAAUGUGACUUUCACUGAUCGAGCAGAGGGGCGCUAUGUUAUAUUGACUCUGCCUGGUUCAAGAAAGAUUCUCACACUCUGUGAAGUGGAAGUCUAUGGAUACCGUUCUCCAACUGGAGACAAUCUUGCACUUCAAGGAAAAGCCACACAGUCAUCGUUGUAUGGAUUUGGAUUUGCAUACAAUGCCAUUGAUGGAAAUCGUAACAGCAAGUGGGAAGAAGGCUCCUGCACUCACACAAACAACAACAUCAGCCCCUGGUGGCGACUUAAUUUGCGCAAAACCCAUAAAGUGUUUUCUGUUAAAAUUGUCAACAUUGACUCCAACCCCGAACGACUCAAUGGAGCUGAGAUUCGCAUUGGAGAUUCCCUUGACAACAAUGGCAACAACAACCCCAGGUGUGCAGUGAUCACAAACAUCACAGGAGGUGCUGUUGCUAAUUUCACAUGCAAUGGAAUGGACGGCCGCUAUGUGAACAUUGUCAUCCCUGACCGAGAAGAGUUCCUUAGUCUGUGUGAAGUUGAAGUGUAUGGAUCUAAACUUGAUUAGUUGCUAGACAAAGCUGAACUGAAAGACAGCACAGAGGCACUAACCAUUGCAGCACAGGAACAAGCUCUGAGCACAAGAUCCAUAGAGACUGGGGUCUAUCACACCAGGCAAGAGGAGGGUGAAGGUAACAGUGGUCCCAGUGGUAAUUAGAGCAUUCGGUGCAGUGACUCAAAGCUAGGCAAGUGGCUCCAGCAGAUCCCAACAACAGCGAGGAUAUUGGCAAGACCCCAAGCUCCCUGGCCUCUGGUAGAGGACCUGGGCUUGAAGGAUAAAGAGCGGCAUCUGCAGGGGCGAGAG